CUGACACGAAGGGAUCUCUCUCCGAUUGCCAUCUAACUAGAUCAGUCAUAUCAAGAGAUAAAUCGUUCGAAACUUUUUUGGCGGUGCUGGUAGUUUUGUUCUGCGCAUGUGCGAAGGUGUCCAAACUGACAAUGCUGGAGAGAUAGCGAGUCUGGAUUGAGAAACACAGAGAAAAGGACAGAGAAAAAAGAAAAAGGAGGAAAAGAUCCAAGAAAAAAUCUAACAAACCCACGCCGAAAGACUGGCAUCAUGAGGUCCAAAGGCAGGGCACGGAAACUGGCCACAAGUAAUGGUGAGGACUUUGCCCUCUACCCCUCUGAUGUUCUGGAUGAUGUGUGUGUGUCGGACGGAUACCCCGCGGCACCAUCCUCGGCCCCCCUAGCAGAGGACCAACCCUCCCCUGGCUUCUCCGCUGACGAUGACACGUCUCCCCUGGAGCCGUCCCCCUUCCACUCUGCCAUCUACAUGCCCCGGGACGAGCUGCCUGUUCCCCCCGACUUCCAGCUGCGCCAGUCGGGCGUCCCCGAUGUCGGUGGCGUCCCUGGCAUCUGGGCACGGAGGACGCUGGAUGUGGGCGAGCGAUUCGGACCAUAUGUGGGCGAGCAGCGGGCGUGCCUGAGAGACCCCACCCAAGGCUGGGAGAUCUUGGACGGGUCGGGCCAUGUAAAGUUCUGUGUGGAUGCCAGCGAGCCUGAUAUCGGGAGCUGGCUGAAGCACAUCCAGUUUGCCCCCACGGCCCUCCAGCACAACCUGACGCCGUGCCAGAUAGAUGAUCAGAUCUUCUACAGAGUGACUCAAGAGAUCCAACCAGGCGAGGAGCUGCUUUUGUUCAUGAAGGCAGAGCAGUAUUCAUGUGACACCAUGGCUCCUGAUAUGCACGAGGAGAGACAGUAUCGCUGUGAGGAUUGUGACCAGCUCUUUGAGUCUGUCUCUGAGCUACUGGACCACCAGAAGGUUCCAUGUGGGACGCCCCCCUCAGCCUUCCUGGGGAACCCUGGAGGGGACAGUAGUGACCUGGAGGGCCCCGAGGGCCUGGAGCCCCACGAUCUGCACCUGUCCCACAGCCUCAGCCACCACGACCACAACGGUCCCCAGGAGUGUAAAGAGUGUGACCAGGUGUUCCCUGACCUCCAGAGCCUGGAAGCUCACUCUCUGUCUCACUCAGAAGAGAGGGAUUACAAGUGUGACCAGUGCCCCAAGGCCUUCAACUGGAAAUCCAACCUGAUUCGUCAUCAGAUGUCACAUGACAGUGGCAAGCACUACGAAUGUGAAAACUGCACAAAGGUACAGUCAUGUACCUGCUCAAAGCAGGUGUUCACAGACCCCAGUAACCUGCAGAGGCACAUCCGCUCGCAGCACGUGGGGGCGCGGGCUCACGCCUGUCCCGAUUGCGGGAAGACCUUUGCCACGUCCUCUGGCCUGAAGCAGCACAAGCACAUCCACAGCAGUGUCAAGCCCUUCAUAUGUAAGUCACUCAGACCCUUCAUAUGCGAGGUGUGCCACAAGUCCUACACGCAGUUCUCCAACCUGUGCCGCCACAAGCGCAUGCACGCCGACUGCCGCACCCAGAUCAAGUGUAAGGACUGUGGCCAGAUGUUCAGCACCACCUCCUCCCUCAACAAGCACCGGCGCUUCUGUGAGGGCAAAAAUCAUUUCACGGCAGGGGGGUUGUUCGCCCAUGCCCAAGGCAUGUCCCUCCCCGGUGUCCCUGGUGCCAUGGACAAGGCCGCUAUGGGAGGGAUGGGGCACAGCAGCGCCAGCCUGGCAGACUACUUUGGGAACCGGCACCACAGCGGCCUGACAUUUCCGACCGCCCCUGGCUUCCCCUUCAGCUUCCCGGGUCUGUUCUCCUCUGGACUGUACCACCGACCCCCUCUCAUACAGGCCACCUCCCCAGUCAGACGGCCCCUAGGUCCCGGUACGGAGCACAUCAAGAGCCCCCUCCUGUCGCCUAGCCCCGGAGCCCAAGAGGCCAGAGAACUGCUCAAGACCCUCCGCAAGGAGGCAUUGCCAGGUAGCGAGCAGCCACAGGGGACAGAGCAGCGACAGUCCCAUGGCUCCUCCUCCAAGCAGAGGCACAGCGGCGGCAAGAUGAGCAGCCAAUCGGAGAGCAGCGAUCUGGAUGACGUAAGCACUCCCAGUGGGAGCGACCUAGAUACCACAUCAGGCUCGGAGCUGGAGAGCGACAUGGAAAGCGAAGGCCAGCGGGAGAGGGCACCCCGGGAGAACGGGAAAGGGCCCAAAAGGAAGGCGGGCAGAGGCCCCCAGAGCCCCACCACCCUGAUCAGUAACCACACUAAGGAGUUCCAAGGUAGCCCCGCCUUGUUCCCUCCCUCGCUGGACGAGCACACGGCUGUCUCAGGGGCGGUCAAUGACUCCAUCAAGGCCAUCGCCUCCAUCGCUGAGAGGUACUUUGGCUCCACGGGGCUGGCGGGCCUGCAGGACAAGAAGGUAGGCGCCCUGCCCUACCCCUCCAUGUUCCCCCUGCCCUUCUUCCCAAACUUCUCCCCGCCCGUCUACCCCUUCCCAGAGAGAGAGCUCAGACCUCCAGGCCUAAAGGGGGAGCCCCAGUCCCCACCUGACGAACCCUCUAAGAAGCGCCAGAGCAGGACCUCUGAGUCGCCCUUUGACCUUACCACCAAGCGCAAGCAGGAGGAGAAGGUCCUCGCCCCGUUCGUCCCAGUCUCCAAAUCCAAACCGGAGGCCUCCUCACGUUCCACCAAUCAGGAUCAGCCGCUGGAUCUGAGCAUGGGCGGCACUAGGAACCGCAGCAGUAGCCACGCCCCCCGGGGGGAGGAAUCAAAGAAGAUCCACGUGUUUGGAGAAGACAAGGCAGGGAUGGAGCUACCUAAAGCCGACACCUCUCUGCAGCACGCCAGGCCCACCCCCUUGUUCAUGGACCCCAUCUACAGCAGGGUUGAGAAGAGGAAGAUGAACGAUCCGUUUGAGGCUCUGAAAGACAAGUACAUGCGGCCCGCCCCCGGCUUCCUCUUCCAUCCACAGUUUCGUAUGCCAGUUCAGAGAUCCUGGAUGUCGGCCAUUGAGAACAUGGCGGAGAAGCUUGAGACGUUUGGUUCGCUUAACCCGGAGUCAGGUGACCUGAUGCGCUCCGUCCCCUCCAUGUUUGACUUCCGAGCUCCGCCCACUGCCCUCCCCGAGACGCUACUGCGGAAGGGCAAGGAGCGCUACACCUGCAGAUACUGCGGUAAACUAUUCCCACGGUCUGCCAACCUGACCCGCCACCUAAGGACACACACAGGAGAGCAACCGUACAGGUGUAAGUACUGCGACCGCUCGUUCAGCAUCUCCUCCAAUCUGCAGCGCCACAUCCGCAACAUCCACAACAAGGAGAAGCCCUUCAAGUGUCACCUGUGUGACCGCUGCUUCGGCCAGCAGACCAACCUGGACCGUCACCUCAAGAAACACGAGAACGGUAACCUCUCAGGAACGGCUGCGUCCUCCCCUCGGUCAGAGCUGGACAGCAGCAGCGCCAUCCUGGAUGACAAAGAGGACUCCUACUUCAACGAAAUACGAAACUUUAUCGGCAACACAGGCCAGAACCAGCCGUCCCCUGACCAUUCUGAGGAAGGAUUGAACGGUGGUCCUUUCGAGGAGGAGAAGCCCCUGGUGGCCAGCCAUGGGUCACGUGACCUGGAGGGGGAGGGGGAGGAGCUUGGCACCGAGGAGGAGGAAGGGGAGCAGAGCAACAACGCUGACGGGAAACCUAGGGACGAAGCUCACCCCGGCAACCUAGAUGGUGACACCCUACACAACGAAAUAGAACUUGACGGCCCUAGCGAUUUGGAGCUCAACUGCAAGACUUCCCCAAGGAGGUAUGAGGAGGAAGAGGAUCAGAGUAGCUACUCUGCGCUAGAUCACAUCCGUCACUUCUCUGACAUGCAUAAGAUGGAGGACAGUGAGUUCAGCGACGGGGACAGCACCUCCUUUGGGUCCCCCAGCCUGCCUGAGGCUGUCAAACAGCCCCUGUACAGGAAAUCCAAGUCCCAGGCGUACGCCAUGAUGCUGUCUCUGGCUGACAAGGACGCACUCCACCCAGCCAACCACACACCAGCCACCAUGUGGCACAGCCUGGCGCGGGCCGCUGCUGAGUCCAGUGCCAUCCAGUCCCUCAGCCAUGUAUGAUGCAGCGAUCCCUGACCCCUAACCCCCCCCGACCCCGACCUAUCGCACUGAGAGGCCUUGGGGUCCGUCAGCGGGGCCCCUGGCCCUUGGCCCGUCACAGACUGCUGAGCAGAACCACGGCCCAUCUGACUGCUGAGCAGAAUGCCUUACACACGUGCAGGGUCACCGUCCACAGAGAACCGCCCAGCCCAGCCCUCUAAGAGAUCCAACAAACAUCCCUUCUGUGACCUUAAAUUGAGUCAGUAUGUUUAAUAUCAACGACAAUGAUGAUGAUAGUGAUUAUUGACUAUGGUGAUGAAAAUAAUGGUAAGUAAUAAUAGCUGUAUUUAUUCUGUUGAGUUUCUAUGUUUUGCACAGCAGUGGCAGCUGGUAGGAGGGAUGAUGGAGAUGGUUUUGUUAGAUGUUACAUUGCUAGAGCAUUUCAUGUGUCCACUCAGCUGAGAAUAGUCUUCCUCAGUGUGAAGUCGGUUGUAUUUAGAGAACCCAUUCGGGGCCGCGGUCCAACCACGGUUGGAUAUCUGUACAGAGUACAGACCCUACCUAGCCCCACAUAGCCCUACCUAAUCUUACCAGGCCACACCUAAGCAUCCCUAGCUCCACCUAGAACCUCAUAAUCCUACCUAGACCUACCAUGCCAGCUACCUAACCCCACAUGGCCACUCCUAGUAUACCUGGCCACUCCUAGCAUACCUGGCCACUCCUAGCAUACCUGGCCACUCCUAGCAUACCUGCCCACUCCUAGCAUACCUGGCCACUCCUAGCAUACCUGGCCACUCCUAGCAUACCUGGCCACUCCUAGCAUAUCUGCCCACUCCUAGCAUACCUGCCCACUCCUAGCAUACCUGCCCACUCCUAGCAUACCUGGCCACUCCUAGCAUAUCUGCCCACUCCUAGCAUACCUGGCCACUCCUAGCAUACCUGGCCACUCCUAGCAUACCUGGCCACUCCUAGCAUACCUGCCCACUCCUAGCAUACCUGGCCACUCCUAGCAUACCUGACCACUCCUAGCAUACCUGGCCACUCCUAGCAUAUCUGCCCACUCCUAGCAUACCUGCCCACUCCUAGCAUACCUGCCCACUCCUAGCAUACCUGGCCACUCCUAGCAUAUCUGCCCACUCCUAGCAUACCUGCCCACUCCUAGCAUACCUGGCCACUCCUAGCCUUCCCAGCACCACAGCUUCAGACCUUCUCAGCUGAAUUGGAGUAUCAGUGAAAUACGUUAUGAGAAUGAUUCCCUUUAACCCCUGGAUAUAAACAGGUGUUUUCCCAUCAACAUGUACUUAUAUAAAUGCUAGGAUACUUGGAAGGGUGGUGCUGAGUAAAGACUCGGGUCCAAAUGAACUUCACCUCUCCAAGAACGAUGGUGCUACAAACGCAUUACGACAAGAUUGUUGAUGAACGAAGAUCAAAAUCAAAUUUGAAAACGGAGAAAAAUCGGACUGGUUUCACAACCCAAGAAAGAGUUUGCAUAGCUGCGUGUGUCUGCACAAUCACAGAACUGUACACGAGUGUCUGCAAACUGCGGCUCUGAAGCUGGACUCCGUCCCACCCUGCUGCACUCUCUGUGAAAGGAUCUAAAUAGUUUGUCAUUUUAGUUGAAGUAAAAAAGAAACCACCAUUUUUUUCUUUUUACUCUGAAAAAGUAGCAAGUGCUGAAUUAUAAUUGUUAAACAGUAAUAAGGGCAUCUCUCCUCCUUCCCGAAACCCCAAACUCAUCGUAGUCGGCCAACGAUACCACUAAUUAGCCUAAAUGCUAGUUGUUAGCUACCCCCUUCCUUGUGUGUCUUUCAUUUUUUAGACAAUCAUGUUUUCUCGUGUUGUUUUUUUCUACAUUUUUAUUGUUGUUGAUGUUGAUGUUAUUGCUGUUGUAUGUUGAGAAUUGUAUUUAUUUCUUGGCAAACUGUAGUUUGUUUACUGAAUAGCACUGCUCUUACCCAUAGCGAAGGGGAGAUUCCUCGCUGGGGCCUACUCCAGAACUCAAUGGGGUUUGUAGAUGACGUUUGAGUGCCGGAUAGUAUUAAACAUACCAUUCACUCUUUAUUCUUCUAAUGAAACUGGUUGAUGAUGAAUAGAUAUUACUUCGGGUUUUUUUGUACGACAAUUUAUUGAUUCAAAUGUAAAUGGAAAAAACAAACAUUAUUAAGACGUGAACAAAUAAAAAGAUGCCAGGUAUAAUUUCUUCAUAAUCGCAUGAUUGGUCUUCAUAGAUCUGUAUCUGGCAGUUUUCUACGGUGGUCUGCAAGCUUGUGUGACGUUCAGUCCAUGUUAAUCUCUUGUGCCAAACCUAUAAUAAAUAACAGAUUAUAUUCAUUUAUCCUCCCAUUUUGAGGGACCAGAUUGUUUGUUUUUUGUCGUUGUUGUUUUUGUUUAUAAUCCAUUUUAAAAAGUAAUCAGCAAGUUGAGGUACUUUGUUUUAAUGCUUUCUACAAUGUAACUGUAAUGCAAUUGAAUUCAAUACUGUGGGAGGAUCAACUAAGAAAUAAAGGACUACAAUGUGGA